AUGGGUGGCGGACCAGAACUUCCGUCCCGAGGCACGCCAAAAGAGAAGGAACUCGUAUUGUGCACGCUACCAUGGCCUGAAGAGCGGGCAGCAAGAGGCAUCAAAGCCUUGAAAGAGGCUUUCGACGAUGUGGAAGUAAAGUACUAUCAUUCCAAGUAUAGCAAUGGAAAUGCAGAGUCACUUGUUGUUCCUGACGAUGUCCUUCGACGCGCAAACUACAUGGCAACACUCUUUUGGCUUCCUUCUUCACCAAUGUCUAUCCCACACACCAAACUCAUCCAAUUCUAUUCUGCAGGCACCAACCAUGUUAGCAAUCAUCCCAUCUACACUGACUCGGAGAUUCCAUUAUGUUCGGCAAACGGUGUCCACGGCCCCCAGAUCGCAGAGUGGGUCAUCAUGAUGGAUUUGGUCCAUAGUCACAGCUACACGAAGCUAUACGAUAACCAGAAAAAGAAGGUCUGGGAUCAGGCAGACGGCUCGAACGUUAGCGAUCGAGUCGGGAAAAAGGUCGGGAUUUUGGGGUACGGAAGUAUUGGACGGCAAGUCGCUCGCGUAGCAAAAGCGAUGGCCAUGGACGUGAUAGCGUACACUGCAUCGCCCCGCAAAACCCCCGAAUCCAAGCGCGAUGUGGGCUACAUUGUGCCUGGUACUGGAGACCCUGAUGGUAGCAUCCCCAGUGCAUGGUACAGUGGAACCGAUAAAGCAGCCAUGCACGAGUUUUUGAAACAGGAAAUUGAUUUACUUGUUGUCGCUGUACCUUUGACUAAAACAACGACACAUCUCCUGUCUACUGAGGAGUUUGAGCUCUUGCACAAGUCGAACCCCAGGGGUACUUAUGUUGCCAAUAUUGCGCGUGGUCAGAUCAUUGACCAAAAGGCCCUCAUCACUGCUUUGGAGCAGAAGCAAAUUAGUGGUGCAGCGCUCGAUGUCACGGACCCGGAGCCGUUGCCAAAAGACGAUCCACUGUGGGAAGCACCAAACUGCUGA